AUAAAAGCCUACGAGGGCGUUGGGACCAUAACUAUAACGAGUCUGGCAGUCGAUCGCCGCUAACGUUGCCUGCUGCCGGAGAGGUCUCGGAGAAAUCGCAUCGAUCACUAGUGUUCAAAUAAAAGUGUGUCAGAAUGGUUGGGAUACGUUUUCUUUCAGUUGUGGUUUCAGUGGUUUGCUACAUUCAGGCAGUUUCCGCAACACUGUUUCCAAAAAAUGUUCCCGAACUAGAUUCUUUGGAGGAGCUGAUGCCAAAUAUAGAACAAAGCAUUAAAGAUUGCCCAUUCGGCAUUUACGGUCAUGGAGGAUACGCAUUGGCCAGCUCAAUAUUCGUUGAUCGUUACGUGGAUAAAACGUUCAGCCAUACCGUACGAGUACUGAACGAUAGUGUGACUUGCGUUGGUCUGAUUGUGGAUGAAAAUCACGUGCUAACAACAUCGGAUUGUGCUUCGUCGGAAGACGAUAGCCUACCACAGAUCAAACUUGCCAAUGAAACUCUGGAUGCAAUAGCCACAGCUGAAAAAUUCCCUCAUCCAGAGUACAACGUUACUUUGCUUCGUCUUAACUCAUCCAUCGUUAUUACCAAACUAGCCGUACCUACAUGCUUUUGGGACACUGAUUUUAUAGAUGGUUUUGACAAAAUUCAAACAAUUGUCGUUGCUACAAAUGGAAGUCUCGUUAUGGAGGAAACGAAGUGCACGUUUAAAAAUCGUUUGUUGUGCAUGAAUGAGCUUAUUGUCAAGAGUUCGCUGCUGCAAACAAGAGCGAUCGCUAAUUACCGCAUGCACCCGUUUGUCGUUACUUUUGGCAUCGAUGAGUCACUCUUUGCUUUACCUAUCAUGAAAUAUUUCCACUGGAUGAAAACCAUAAUCAACCGAAACUUAAGCUCGUCUGAAUGUACCGCCAAGUAUGAGGAAUAUCGCGACUACGAAGAUUCUAUGACUUCCAGAAGCGAAACACACGAACAGGUGCAAUACUCCAAAAGCCGCUUAACGACCACCAACAUCAACCAGUACAGGGCGCGUAUCAUUCCAAACGCUACGGAAACGGAAUCCAAACGCCACUGUUACGGUUCACUUAUUGCGCCGAAAUUUAUUCUCACCGCGGCCAACUGCUUGAAACAGUAUGAGGUUGACAGCUACCAGGUGGAAAUGGCACAGAAAAACGUUUGGUAUCCGGUGCGACAAAAUCAACUGAAGGUCCGUACAGUAGCAAACAAAGUGCACUACCAUCCAGAGUACGAUGCAACGACACUGGCGAAUGACAUCGCUUUGCUAGAGCUGGUGAAUCCCAUCCCUGAGUUUAAUGAAACCAUUGUACCAGCGUGCAUCUGGACUCGAGAAAAGUUACCAACGGACACGUUCCAAACCAAUGGGUACGUACCGUUCAACGAUUCGAUUGAGGACGAAACUGUACGAACCAGCCAGCUUUAUGCAACAUCCGAUGUGUACGGCGAGUGCAUCGAUAAGGCGUCCGAGAAUCAGAUUUGUGUCGGUUUCCCGACUGCGCUUGCACCCAACAGCUGUCACAAUAGCGUUGGUUCCGCAAUGUCACACGCGCUGUACACCUUUGGCCGUUACUUCGAGUAUAUUUUCGCGAUCAACAGUAAAGGAGAAAACUGCGGUUUCAAUAGACCGAGCGUGUUUACCAAGAUAGCGCCAUACGUACAGUGGAUCGACAGUAUCAUUUUUGCAACCAAAGUCCGGUACGAGGAUGAGACCAAGUAUUACGGAGAUCGUUGCCAGGAUGAAAACGGAACCAAAGGUACCUGUGUUACUCUUCGCAACUGUCCAAAACUCGAUCAGGAAGCGAAACAAGGAAAUGCGGUAACUCCUUCGUCUUCCUGUUCGUUUGGUAAGCAGAAGGAAAUGGUGGUGUGCUGUUCGGACGAGAACGUGCUACGCGAUGAAUCUCACUGCGAGCAACUGGCACAAGUGAUCGAGGAGAUAGACAAUUGUCCCCAGCUCUAUCAUGAGCAUAGGAAAAAUAAAUCUCCAUACGAUGUGGAUAACUUCCCGACCUAUCCGUACUUGGCCCGUAUUCAUAGCAGUGGCGAUCGUUCCUGCAAUGGCACACUGAUUGCUAAACAAUUUGUUCUCACCACUGCUUCCUGCUUCGAAAGCCUAGCCCAGGACAAAAUCUCUGUUGUCGUGGGUAACAGAACUCAACAAAAGCUAGCUGUGCAACGUACCUUCACCCAUCCAGAGUUCAACAAAGUAUCAACGGAGUUCAACUUGUUGCUGCUGAAACUAGAAACUGCAGUCACGAUCAACAACGAAACCAUUCCCGCCUGUUUGUGGAAAAACCAAACGCAUACACCUUUGCGGCUGGAAGAAGUGUACGCUAAUCCCAACUUUACGCAUCAGCACAGUUUCCCAAUGUUCAAUGCAGAGUGCUCGAGGAAGUACCCGGAGUCUGCUGUUACCAGUCUGCAACUCUGUGUAGAACGCAAUAGCAAGUACUAUUAUCCGUAUGUCCUUGUCGCGAAUGAUGCCGGAAGUGUGCUUGUAAAUCACGCUGCACAAGGAGUCAAUGAGCUUCAAGUAACCUACCUCGUUGGGCUCUUCGGCUCGGGACAUAUGGUCACCAAAGCUGCCGAUGAUGAGGAUGAACGCCCUUUAAAACAAUGCUAUCAUGUGUACCAAAGGAUCAGUGAACAUUACAAUUGGAUCAAAAAUGUUAUCUCGGUCGAGAUGCAGAAUAAUUGAGUUUUAGAAUUUCGUAACUUAAACAGUGAUUAACCAAUGUAAACACAAUGUUUUAUUCUAAUGUUCCCAAAAUAAAACCAUGUCGCACAAUA